AUGGUAUUCCUCCGCAUCCAUUUAUUUCAGGAUAAUUUACAAAUCAGGCUCUCCAUUGGGUCACCCAUCUUGAUACGGAAUCGAGUUACUCUUCUUGGGAUGCCUCAUGUGCUCUGCAACUUCUCAACUUUUGUUGAUGUAUGGAAUGGUGAAAUUUUAUUGAAAUUUGAGAAUCAAGUAGUUCUUUACCAUCUAAAAGAUGGUAAAUUUAGGAAUCCUGAAAUACCUAACAUGUGUAACUGUCUUCCAAUGGAUACCUAUGUUGAGGGCUUAGUCUCGCUUGAUGGUAAUAAUUUGGGUUAUAGGCAAGAACAGUAUCAGAAGCUCGAGAAAGUGGAUGAGGUUGAGGAGACAAAGCUUCUGUUAAGAAUGGUUCCAAUCGCAGCUACCUUUCUUCUGUAUGGGGUAAUCAAAUCCAACAGAUUCGCGAUAUCUGCAGUGAAACCUCUGUAUAGGAUGGUAUUUGAACAACGAAUAGAGCGAAUGAAUGGAAGAUACUCAUCUGGAAUGAAGGUUGGUUUAGGAAUGCUUACCGCUUUGGCUUGUUGUAAAGUUGCUUGGUUAGUGGAGUAUAUAAGGCUAAAAUCUUUGAAAGAACACAGCUUGGUAGGUCAUCCCGAUGCCAUUGCACCAAUAUCUAUAUUUUGGCUCUCUCCACAGUUUGUACAGAUGGGAAUCAUGGAUGGAUUAGCUCGUGAUGGUAUGGAGGAUUUCUUAAAGUAUCAGGUUCCAGAGUCAAUGAGGAAGAGAUAUGUGCUCGUACUCACUGAAGUUGUGAUCGGAUGGGGAAAAAUACUGAACAUAGGGUUUAUUAUGAUAUUAGACGUGGUGCUCGAGAAGUUGAGAGUUGAAGAUGGAAGUUGGAUUGCAGACACUGUGAAUCAGAGCCGCUUGGAUCUUUUUUAUGCUGCAUUAGUGGUGUGA